UAAGAAAUAGAUGUAUUUAUUAAAUGUUUUUGGAGUUUAAGUCAAUGAUUGAGCAAGUUGUUAGUAUUUUUGGAGAUAAAAUGAGUGAAGUAGAAGGUUAUUAUAAGAAUACCUUUGAAAGAUAUGCUACGGUUGAAAAAGAGGAUGAAAUAUAUAUGAAUAAUGAAGAUUUUGUUAAUGCGAUUACAUCAGAAGGAGUAUGUGAAAAGGUUAAACGGGAAGAAUAUGAUAUUCUUUUUAAAGUGGCGGAUGUUAAGAAGAGAGGUCUUUUAAGCGAAGAAGAUUGGAUUUGUUUUGGAAAAUUACUUGGAAAAUAUGAUGCAGAAUAUCAAAUAGUAUUUAAGUUUUUUGAUGUGGAAGGGACAGGGAAAAUUUUGUAUGAAGAUUUUAAGAAGAUGAUAUUUGCGAAUGAAUCAAUGGAUAGUAUUCCUUUUAAUUGGAAUUCAUCAUGGUUGAAAAAGUAUAUGAAUAAUAUGGGAAAAUAUGGGAUGACCUAUCCGGAGUUUAUUGAAAUGAUUAAGGAUCUUGAGGAGGAGCGUAUAAAGCAAGCAUUUGUAUAUUAUGAUAAGGAGAAUUUAGGGUAUAUUGGGAAGGAGGAGUUUUCAAAGAUUAUAAAUAAAGUGUUAUCUCAUAAAUUGUCGGAUUAUCUUUUGAAGCAUUUGGAUACACUUUGUGAAGAUAGGAUUAAUGGGGAAAAAAUUAGUUAUGCUAAUAUAAGGGCGUUUCAAAAUGUUAUUAGGAAAGCGAAAAUGAUUGAGGGUAUUGUUAGAGCAGCGAUUUUGAAAUCAUCGGAUAGUAGGAUUACAAGGAUUGAUUUUAUGAGAGAAGCAGAAAAAAUGGGAUAUUGUUUAUUUACGCCUAUGGAAAUGGAUAUUUUGUUUCAUUUUGUUGGUCUAGAUAAUGAUACAGGCCGUUUAAGUUAUCAAGAUUUUAUAAAAGUUUUAGAUGCAACAUGGAAGAAUCCUAUAGAACAAAAGAAUAGUCUAAGUUGUGAUGAAUUGAAAGUAAUGGAUAAAUAUGGAAAAAUAAAAAAGUUGAUUUCAAAAUUGUUGGAUAGUAUUUAUCAUUUUUCAUUAGGAGCAGUUGCAGGUGCAUCGGGUGCUAUUCUUGUUUAUCCAAUAGAUUUGGUAAAGACAAGAAUGCAAAAUGCAAGAACCAAAAUGGGAGAACAAAUUCUUUAUAAAAAUAGUUUUGAUUGCGCAAAAAAAGUUUUAAAAAAAGAAGGUAUUUUGGGAUUGUAUAGUGGAAUGGGUCCUCAAUUAAUUGGUGUGAUACCAGAAAAGGCUACUAAGCUUACAGUAAAUAAUCUGGUUAGAAAUAUACUUAAAGAUGAUAACGGAAAAAUAAAACUUUAUUGGGAAAUAUUAGCUGGUGCUUCUGCUGGAGCUUCUCAAGUGAUAUUUACAAAUCCUUUAGAAAUUGUAAAAAUAAGACUUCAGACACAAGGAGAACACAUUGUUUCUUCGAGGAAUGCUUUUCGUAAGAAUGCUUUAUUUAUUAUAAAAGAUUUAGGUCUUUCGGGACUUUAUAAAGGCACAUCUGCUUGUUUAUUGCGUGACAUACCUUUUAGUGCUAUAUAUUUUCCUGUUUAUUCUCAUUUAAAGAAUGAUUAUUUUAAGGAAGAUUCAGGGAAAAAACUAAAAAUUGUUGAUCAUUUUAUUUCUGGUGCUAUUGCUGGUAUUCCUGCUGCAUAUUUUACAACACCUGCAGAUGUUAUAAAGACUAGAUUACAAGUAGAAGCUAGAAGGGGUGAAACAACUUAUAAAAGUAUUCGGCACGCUUUUUUUACAAUUAUUAAAGAAGAAGGUGUUUCAGCUUUGUUUAAGGGAGGGCCUGCUAGAGUAUUUCGUUCAUCACCUCAAUUUGCAUGUACAUUAGCUGUAUACGAAACAUUACAUUCAUUAUUUUUGAAAUCUACACAUUCGUCUCAAUUGUUAUUUGAUUCGAAAGAGAAAAAUGUUUCUUUUCCAUAUUUACGAUCUUGUAAUGCUUUGCAAGCUAUACUUGAUAUGGAUAUAAAUUAUGGAAAUUAUUUUAAGCCUUAAAUGCAUA